AUGCAACAUGGGAGUUCCGAGAUUCACCGAAUAAUGUUAGGCAAUAAGCUUGAAUCACUUAGCGAAGACAAAGUUCGUCUCGCUCAUACAAUGACGAAAUUUGAAGUGCAGUCACUUAGCGAAGACAAAGUUCGUCUCGCUCAUACAAUGACAAAAUUCGAAGUGCAGCUGAAUCAUGAUCAUGAUCGAGCGGAGAAUUUGGAAAUUUCAGCUGAUAUGUGGCGUUGCAAAUUUUUAGCGAUGAGUAUUCGUGCUGAUGAGUUACUUGGACAACGUUGUCGCCUUCUGGCAUAUUGCAAAAACCUCCGAACACUGCUCGGCAAAUUGCUUUCAGUAGUUCAGGAUCAAACCCAGCAUCAGCAGCCGUUUUCAUCUCUGGAUGAGCUGGUUGACCGCAGUAAAUUGGCACUUGCAGUUGAUUUGUCUACAUUUUUCGAGCGUUCGCCAUGUGAUGAAAAAAUUCGUAAGCCAGUUCCGCUUACAUCGAACAUUACAGUCACUUGUUGUAAGCAGUGCUGUGGCAAUGAAAUUAAGUUGAUUUAG